AUGAAUUUUCCCACAGACGACGCCAAUGAAAGGGCAGUGAUUCAACACCCUUCUGUUUGCCCGGUAAUGUUUGGCAUUUCCACCACUCCGUCAAGGAUAGCGGUAGAGCGCCCUUUGGGGGUUGUGGUAGAGCGCUCCCUAGACGUAGUGGUAGAGCGCUCCUUGGGUGUAGUGGUAGAACGCCCUUUGGGGGUCGUGGUAGAGCACUCCCUAGAUGUAGUGGUAGAGCGCUCCCUAGGUGUAGUGGUAGAACGCCCUAUGAGGGUCGAUGGCCUUGCAUCGGUGUGCUGUGAUCUGCCUUACUUGUCCUUGAGGUGUUAUGCAGAGAAACAGGCUCUAGGAGAAGUGAGCUCUGAGCUUCUAGACACUCGAGUUAAUCCAGCAGUUUGGGAAAUUAGUGGACAUAUGGUACUGAAAAGGGAGGAGGACUAUGAGGAGGCGUCCGAGCAAAAUGUUUGGAGGCUCCUAGCUGAGGUUUCCCUGUCUGAAGAGAGGCUCCACGAAGUGAAGGAGCUUCUUUUUGAAGCCAUAUCUUGCAGUAUGGAGGAGGAUAAGGGCGUUACACAGAACAUCCUUGAGGAGUAG